AAAGGUAUCUUCGUCAGGUCCCAUAUAGUCUACUCCAGUAUUCUUGUUCCGGCCUCCGGACUACACUGGAAGGCAACAUUAAUUCUUUAAUUCCUUCUCCCCCAGUGUCUCCGUGGGCGAUGCCUGUGGCCUGGCCUCAGGAUCGUGAGGAGAAGGAUGGCAAAGGGGACGAAGGAUCACGCGGAUCACCGCCGGCGAAGCGACCACGAAGCUCCUGUGGUUUCGAUGACAAGCAGACAUACAUGCUCCAGGAGAUACUACGAAUGACACAGCAACAAAACGAGAGGAUGGAUUAUCUGUUUAGGGAGAUUCAAGAGCUCGUUGAAAAAGUUUCCAGCCUUACAGCGGUAAGAAGUGGAUUUGGUGGUUACCAUCAGCAAAUCGCUGCACCUAGUAGGAUGUUAUCUGAUGAUUCUGAUCAGAACUGCACCGUGCCACUUCGAUUACAAUUUGUAAAUUCAUGCAGUAACGAUAAGUACUCAACACACAAAAUAGAAGCAGAUGAUGAGAACCCCCUUCAGGUAGCCAUAUAUGAUCAUAACGACAAGAUCGUAACAAUGGAACCAUUUUCUUCGAUGAGAGUUCAUAUUGUAGCCAUUGACGGUGACUUUGACGAUGAUAACAAGGGACAGUGGACUAAAGAGUAUUUCCAUAGUAAAAUAGUACCUGGACGACCUCAUAAAGGCCAUUUGCUGUCUGGGAAGCUGUAUUUUAGACUGCAAAAUGGUGUGGGUUAUCUCAAUAGUGCCAAAUUCCAAGACAAUUCUAGUUUUGUUCCAAGCAGAAAGUUCAAGUUGGGGGUUAUGGCAGCUGAUGAAAGAAUCUCAGUAAGAAUUCAAGAAGGAGUAACUGAAUCUUUUGCCGUGAAGGAUGUUCGGGGAUACUUAACAAAGAAGAAUCCCAAUCCAUCCCCACGUGAUGCUGUAUAUAAAUUGAGUAAAAUUGCAAAGAACGGUGACAGGCACAAGUUACUAGAGCAGAAUGGUAUCAAGACAGUGGAGGACUUCUUAUCUUUCUACAAUAAUAGCGAAUAUGAUCUGCGUAAAAUUUUGGGGAAGAUUUCCGACCAAGAUUGGGAUUUGAUCAUUGCUCAUGCUCAGAAAUGUAGACCAGGAGUUUACUCUAGUUGCCUUAAAGAGAGCAGUGUGUCUCAUGAACAUGAGGCUCUUUCUAUAAGAAAUGACAGCUAUUGCCUUCAGGAAUCAUUCUCAAUGCAACCAAGCCAUACACUACAAGAACAACUUGAUGUGCAAGGAAUGCAUCCGCAAAUUUCAUCAACCUAUGAUGGAUCUGUUGGAUUAUCAGACAUUGGUGUGCCAUAUAGAUUCCAGCCAGACACUUUGGACAAGAACUUGAUGCACCAUGGACAACUUGAAGGCAUCCAAGUUGUUAUUGAUCCACACGUUCCAUCGGUAGAAAGUGUGGAUAUGCCAGUUUCGUCCAUGGAUAACAGUACCUUAGAAGUGUUUAGCUCACAGCAACAACAUUCUUUCAAGUGCAACAAUACACCUGAACUUGGGAAUGGGCUAUCACAGGUUAAUUCAUUUGAUUGGAACUUGGACUGUCUCGAUGGCGACGUAGAUGUAAAUGCAUUGUGGGGAUCUAAGGAAGAUUUUCCGAGUGAAAAUAUGGGGCAGGGGGGUCAUGUUUACACAGAAACUCCAGGUCCAGGAGGUUCCUACAGUGCAGCUGAGCAAAACUUGGGUCAUUUGUCUGUCAGUGAAGCAGGAAGCAUAAGCUACAAUGAAAUUUCGGCUGUCAAUGAAGCAGGCAGUUGGAGCCACAGGUCACUUUCUACUCCACCACCUGUCAGGGGAGCAGCCAGUAUGAGAAACAGGGGAAUUUCAUUUUCGUCUCCAAGGGGAACAGGCGGUAGAAGGGGAACAGGUCGUUGGAGAAGGGCAGAAGGUAGUGGCGACUACGGGACAGACAAUAUCAGCAAUACAAGUACAUACUUUACCGGUGAAGAACAAUAGACUUCAUGGAUGAAACGAGUGGGAUGCCUUAAAGCCUUUUCUUUUUUUCUUUUUUUCUUUUUAGAACUCAUACAUUUUAUUAAUUAAAAACAGAGUUUAGAAACAUAUAGCAUUGAGUUACAGUUGCAUCUCCCUUUGGAGCAUUGAUAAUGCCUCUUUUAACAGGGCACAUAUCCCUUUGGCAAAUAUGAGAAACAUUAGAACAGUCAAGCCAAGCGACUGCUAGGUUGAGCUUGUCUUGCCGAUUUUGCCAAAUCAUCUGCAACUUUGUUGAGAUCUCUGGGGAUCCAUUUGAUGUGAACUUCCCUUCCCUGCA